UUGACAAUUGAUUGAGAUUACUCGGAUGUCCGAAGCGGACUUUCCAAGAGACUAGAACAUUGCCGCUAGAGUGGUUGGUCAAUGGCUAUGGAGUGGACCUCGGAGGUGAUCAUGCCCGUGCUGGCCACGGAACUGCCAACUGCGGCUCCCGUUCGAGGGGUGCGAAUCAGCCGCAAAAUGGCCACUGUUCUGCUGGUGUUGACGUGCUUUGACUCGUUUAUCACUUGGGUGGAAGGCGUGUCCCAAACCGAAAUCGAUCAACAUUUACAAAAGGGCAUGGAGCUGUUAGCCCGUGCCCAAUAUUCGGAUGCCUUGUCGCAUUUCCACGCCGCCGUCGAUGCGGAUCCGACCAAUUACAUGUCCUACUACAAACGUGCCACUGUGUUUCUGGCUUUGAGUCGAUCCCGACCCGCUUUGGCCGAUCUGGACAAAGUGCUGCAAUUAAAAAGCGAUUUCACCAAAGCCCGGGUCCAACGGGCCACGGUCCUGGUUAAAAUGGGCCGAUUAGAUGAGGCCCACAUUGAUGCCGAGAAAGUGCUGACCAAAGAGCCCGACAAUCAAGAGGCUAAUCGGGUCUACGGAGUCAUCACCCCCCUGCAGCAACAAAUCCGAGAUGCCCAAGCUUUCAUCCAGGCCAAGAAUUAUCCCCCGGCCAUAGAGGUGCUGGGUGAAGUGCUGGAUCAAAUCCCAUGGGACCCGACUUUACGCGAAUUGAGAGCGGAUGCGUACAUGGGCUCGGGCAAUGUGAUCCACGCCAUCUCGGACAUUCGAGCCACGACCAAACUCCGAUCCGAUGAUACCACGGGCUAUUACAAGCUCUCACAGCUCCACUACCAACUGGGUGAGGCGGAAGAGUCGCUCAAGGAGAUCCGCGAGUGCCUGCGGUUAGAUCCCGAACACAAGGAUUGCUACCCAUUCUACAAGACCUUGAAGAAAGUGGCCAAGUUCGUGACGGCGGCUCAGACCGCUCAGGAUGAACAACAAUGGGAGGAUUGUCUGGAUGCGGCUCGAAAAGUGCUAAAAAAUGAACCGGAAGUGCAGAACAUUCGAUUUCACGCCCACGAUCGGCUCUGUCACUGUCAACUGAAGGGAGGUGACACCUCAGAGGCCCAGAAGGCCUGCUCCGAAGCCUUGAAGGUCAGGGAGGAACCGAGACUGUAUUGUGAUAGAGCCGAGGCUUUUUUGGCCGAAGACAUGCUCGAUGAGGCUGUGAGCGAUUACCGCAAGGCAUUAGAAUUAGACGAGACCUUCCAGAGAGCCAAGGAGGGCAUACAAAAGGCUCAAAAAAGACAGAAGCAAGCCAGCAAACGAGAUUAUUACAAAAUCCUGGGAGUCAAGCGCAACGCCAACAAACGCGAUGUCGCCAAAGCCUAUCGGAAGUUAGCCCAAAAAUGGCAUCCUGACAACUUCCAAGACGAAACCGAAAAGAAAAAGGCGGAAAAGAAAUUCAUGGACAUUGCGGCAGCGAAAGAAGUGCUUUCUGAUCAAGAAAUGAGACAAAAAUACGACAACGGAGAGGAUCCAUUGGAUCCUGAAAGUCAGCAGGAGGGACAUCCAUUCCGAGGAGGGCAUCCAUUCCACGGGGGUCAUCCGUUUGGCGGUGGAAAUUUCCAAUUUAAAUUUCACUUCAACUAAGAUCUCUUCCGUGUCGUUUGUUGAUACUGUUGUUACCAUUUUGAAUUUAUUUUUUCGUUCCAUCACUCGUUUUAUCAACAAACGAAAGGACAUGGAUUGAUAUUCGUGAGACCUCCUUCAUUCGUUCAAAAGCGACUCACAAGUCAAGUCCCCAAAAAGGAAACGAAACGAAACCUGGCAUAAGAACUCGAUAUGAAAGAUUUAGCCUUUCUCACCAUUAAUCUACCAAUAAAUGAAAAUCAAAAUCUAA